AUGGCGGAUUAUGACCUCGAUCCAUUUCUGGAUGAGCCAGACUUAAGCGCUAAUGUCCCACCGGAGCCUGCUCCCACACCAUUGGACGGGCGGCGAAGGAGCACUCGCAUGGCUAUGCAUUGCGCAUCCCCAGCAAACGAUCCAGAAGCCCUCACGAGUCUGCUCCAUGAUCACAGCAUCGUUCCUGCUCCAGGUCUGCAUGUGUCCCAGCUUCAGGAACUGGCGACGCACAUAGUCAACCGAAAUCCGGGUGAGCAGUCCCCUUCUCCAAGUCUCGAACCAGCGGCUCCAUCUAAUCCUCCGAAAGCGCCGGCUCAAGGGCGUAAAAGGGCCAAAAAAUCAGGCCCUUCCCAAGCCCCUCAGGCAAAGUCAAGAAAUCCAACAGUUCGAAAUCCUUCUCCAGCGGCCAUUCCAGGCCCCUCAAACACAGACAUCACUCUGAUCUCCACCCUGCAGUCCCUGGCUAACUCCAUUCAAACAAUCGACGUACGGCUACAAUCCCUGGAACAUGCAUCAGCCACCGCCGCAUCUUCAGCAACCAUCGAUGCCGCUCAGGCCGCCAUGCUGCAACAUACGCUCCUGCUCAGUCAACCAUCCACAGCUACGCCGAAUGAUUCAGCCCAACAUUCCUUGGCAUCUGCCGUUCAAGUUCCUCCACUAGUGUUUCGCACAAAUCCAUUAGGCAUAGCCACCAGGAAAUAUUCAGGGAAGAAAAGACUAAUUUCUGAUCUGUCCGCACCCCGCUCCGGCCCAUAUUCAAGCAUCAACAGCCUCAUUCCACCCAAGCCAUUUUCCCUUCAUUAUGCUUCCGUCGACAACGCUAUUAAGCUAAUAAAACUAGCUGGUCAAGGUGCACAGCUCUCCAAAGCUGAUAUCACAGACGCAUUUAAAAUAUUUCCAAUCCACCUUUCUCACUGGCAUCUUUUCAGCAUCAGGUGGAAUUCCAAAUUCUAUUUUGGGGUGCGUUUGACGUUUGGGUGCAGGAGCAGCCCAUUCACAUUCAACCAAGUCUCCGAAGCACUUUGCUGGAUUUUGCUAAACAGAGUUAAAGUGCCAUCCGUCCUCCAUUUGCUGGAUGAUUUUCUUUUGAUAGAUCCACCACACGACAAAUACGGCUCUCUGCCUAAACUGAAACAAUGUCUCAGCUCAUUCGGCAUUCCCCUGUCAGAAGAGAAAACCACUGGUCCAGACACACGUCUGGAGUUCCUGGGCAUCACUCUUGAUUCCAUCGAGAUGAAAGCGUCCCUCCCAGUCGAAAAAAUGCGGUGCAUCCGAGAUAUCACAAAGUCUUUUUGCGCGUCCGAAAACAUAACUAAGCAGCAGUUACUCUCCCUCCUCGGUCAUCUCAACUUCGCCAUGCGUGUCAUCCCGCAAGGGCGCUCUUUCAUCUCCAGAAUUUUAGACAUGGCGUAUUCCGUGCCUCAAUUGCACGAUCUCAUCUCCCUAGAUGAAGGGUGCCGCUCCGACCUUCAGUUUUGGUCUCUGCUGCUCGAUCAUUGGAAUGGCGUAACUUUCUUCUAUGAUGAGUUGGUGCACUCCUCCGAUGCACUAAACUUCUUCAUGGAUGCAGCUCCAUCCGUGGGUUUUGGGGGGUUCUUUCAAGGUGAGUGGUUCGCAAGCCACUGGCCUCCCUCCUUCUCCCAGCUCGAUUCGUCCUCAGCGCUCUACGAGAUUUAUCCAGUCGCUGUAGCUUGUCAUGUCUGGGGUCAUCACUGGAAACGCAAACGCAUCACCGUUCUGUGCGACAAUAUUGCAGUUGUCGGCAUUAUCAAUAGAGGGCACUCCCCCCUGAAAGAUAUCAUGCCUUUCAUGAGAAGCAUCACGUGGUCCUCCGUCAUUCACAACUUCAUCAUCACAGCCCGUCACGUGCCUGGUCAUUUCAAUUCACUAGCUGAUUCACUAUCUCGUUACUUCACUUUUGGUUACUCAAGAUGGCGGCAGCCGGCAGGUCAGGUGCGACAGGAGCUCUCCUAG